UGCACAACACGCAGCAGGCGCAUCUUAGCCUUUUUCUUUCCCUUCCCUUCCCUUCCCUUCUUCUUCAGGAGAGUUUUGCUUGUUCCCCGAUUAAACUUCCGACAAUCGUCACUGCAAGUCACCCUAAUUCUCUCUCUCAGUUCUUUGACGGGUAUGGGUAUCAUGGAACAUCAUUCGAGCAAACGUAUCGAUGCUACCCUGCAUCUUUUAUCGAUAAGCCACAGAUAGAAAAUGGUGAUAAAAUUAUAAUGCCUCCUUCAGCUCUUGACCGUCUCGCAUCUCUUCAUAUUGAUUAUCCAAUGUUGUUUGAGCUUCGAAAUGCUGCAACAGAGCGGGUAUCUCAUUGUGGGGUUCUAGAGUUCAUUGCAGAAGAGGGCAUGAUAUAUAUGCCAUAUUGGAUGAUGGAGAAUUUGUUGUUACAAGAAGGAGAUAUUGUACGUGUGAAAAAUGUGACUCUUCCUAAGGGUACAUAUGUUAAGUUGCAACCACACACUAAGGACUUCUUGGAAAUUUCCAACCCCAAAGCCAUCUUGGAGACAACACUAAGAAACUUUUCCUGCUUAACAACGGGUGACAGUAUUAUGGUGGCCUACAACAACAAGAAGUACUACAUUGAUAUUAUAGAGACAAAACCCUCUAAUGCCAUAAGCAUUAUUGAAACGGACUGUGAAGUGGACUUUGCUCCUCCACUGGAUUACAAGGAACCUGAAAAACCCACCCUUUCUCCUGCAUCAAGCAACGCAUUAGGAGGUCCAGAGGCUCCAGAAAAUGCACAACCAAAAUUUAACGCAUUUAGUGGUGUUGGAAGACGCUUAGAUGGGAAACCCAUGAAAUACCAACCUUCACCAGUUUCUUCGUCACACACCUUCUCGCUCCAAUUAAUACUCCUCCAAUUAAUAAUUCUAUUCUAA